AUGUUGAGAACCGUGUUUCUGUUCAUGCUGCCUUUUCUGUGCCAUGGCGAAGUUGAUGUUGCUUGUGUUUGCAAAGUACUGAAAACAGAGCAAUUCAGCAUCGAAGAGUGCAACAGAUUAGAUGAGCAUAUUUUACAUGGAAAUUCAUGGGAAGCGGUUGAGUGGCGAUUUGGAAACGAUUGUUUGUUCUCAUUGAAAGAAUCCAGUUUUGAUAAAAGAUUCCUUAUACCGCACGUGCUUGACGUAAACAUUGGAUCUGGUGGAAUUAAAGUUGACACAGCAGUAGGAAGCGUUAGCGCCGGAAAAGAUGGUGUUGGAGUCGACACUGUGGUUGGUGGCGCAAAAGUGGGACCUGAUGGUGUGUCUGUAGAUACUGUUGCUGGUGGGGCUAGUGUAGGAAAAGAUGGGGUAUCAGCCAAUAUUGACACGCCACUAGGUGGUGCCAGUGCGUCCGUUGGAACUGAUGGUCAUGUUAGCGCUAGCGGCAAUGUUGACGUUCCGCUAGUUGCAAGUGUAAACGGUAAUAUUGAUGUUGACCACGGAAAAGUCAGUGGAGGUGGAGGUGGUUCAGUCACAAUCGAUGGAGUCGAAGUUGGGGGUCACGUUAAUGUUGAUAAAGACGGAAGCGUCAGUGGUGGAGGAAGUGUUGGAUUGAAUCUCGGUCCCCUUGCUCAUGCGUCAGUUGGGGUUGACGUUGAUUCAAGUGGUCAUGUAUCAACUGGAGUAGAGGCUCAUGCGGGCAUAGGUCCUCUCAGCGUAGGUGGACAAGUCUCGGUGGAUCAGAGUGGUAAGGUAUCUGGAUCAGCAACUGGAAGUGCAAGUCUUGGCUCGUUAGGAAAUAUUGGUGGUGCCCUCAACGUUGACUCAAGUGGAGUAUCUGGUAGUGCCAAUGGGAAUCUUAAUGUUGGUGGAAGUAGCCUUGCUGGAAAUAUAAAUGCUGGAUCAGGUGGGAUUACAGGAGGAGGAGCUGUUUCGCUCAAUACUGGAAUUGGAUCACUGAAUGGCCAAGUUAGCGGUGGUUCUGGUGGCGCAUCUGGAAGCUUAAGUGGUUCCCCUAGUAGUACUGUAGAUAUUCAUACUGUAUCUGGAAAUGGACAAGGUGGAAUUGCUUCUGGAAAUACAGGUGGUUUAAAUCUAGGCUCCUCUGCCGGUGGAUCAAGUUCUAGUGGCUUAUUUUCCUCUUCGAGUGGAUCGGGUGGAGAUCCAGUGUCCUUCUCGUCUUCAUUUAAUCAGGCAAUGUUAAGUGGACCUAAUGGUUUCAUGCAGAUGAUGCAGAACAUGCAAAAUGUACAAGGAAGUCCCACUGCAUUUAAUCCAAUGACAUUUAACCAGCAAGUAAAGAAAAGACUAUUAUUGGACGGGGUUUCUAUCAACACACCAGUUGGAAGUUUAAGUGUUGAUCAAAAUGGAGUGUCAGGGAAUGCGAACGUCGAAAUAGGAAAGGGUUCUGUUGGAGGGAAUUUCAACGCUGGAUCAAAUGGGGUAAGUGGAAGUGUCAGCGGAGAUUUAAACACAGGGUCUGGUUCCCUUAGUGGAAGCCUUAAUGCUGGACCAGACGGUGUGAGUGGUUCCUCCAGUGGUACAGUAAAUUUAGGAUCAACUGGAACAUUAAAUGGUAACAUAAAUGCAGGACCUACUGGCGUUAGCGGAGGAGUAUUUGGUUCUUUGAACACUGGUGCCGGUGGCAUAAGUGGCGGGGUAACGAUUGGGCCUAACGGUGUGAGUGGUAGCGCCAGUGGAUCUCUCAAUACAGGAUCAGGCUCUCUGAAUGGCAAUAUCAAUGCAGGUUCCAGUGGGAUUAGUGGUAAUGUUAGUGGUACUUUGAACACAGGGUCUGGUUCACUGACUGGUAAUAUUAAUGCUGGUCCCGGGGGCAUAAGCGGUGGUGUGGAUGGAUCUGUGAGUGGUGGUCUUGGAAGUUUAAGUGGUGGUGUUACUGUCGGUCCGAAUGGUGUAAGCGGUGGAGCUAGUGGUACGCUAAACACAGGAUCAGGUACAUUCAGUGGUAAUGUAAAUGUUGGACCAGAUGGGACGAGUGGUAGUGCAAGUGGUAAUUUUAAUACUGGUGUUGGUACUCUGAAUGGCAAUGUUAACGCUGGGCCUGGUGGUGUAAGUGGAGGGCUUGGUGGUUCUGUUAGUAGUGGGUUAGGGAGUCUCACGGGAGGUGUCACAGUAGGUCCAAAUGGUGUAAGUGGUAGUGCUAGUGGUACUCUUAAUACUGGAUCUGGUUCCCUGAGUGGCAACAUAAAUGCUGGUCCUGGGGGUGUUAGCGGCAGUGCUAGUGGAACCUUGAACACUGGAUCAGGUUCUCUUAGUGGCAAUAUCAAUGCAGGUCCUGGUGGUGUUAGCGGUGGAGCCAGCGGUACUCUUAAUACUGGAUCUGGUUCCCUGAGUGGCAACAUAAAUGCUGGUCCUGGGGGUGUAAGCGGCAGUGCUAGUGGAACCUUGAACACUGGAUCAGGUUCUCUUAGUGGCAAUAUCAAUGCAGGUCCUGGUGUUGUUAGCGGUGGAGCCAGCGGUACUCUUAAUACUGGAUCAGGUUCCCUUAGUGGUAACGUAAAUGCUGGUCCUGGUGGCGUUAGCGGUGGCGCUAGUGGUACCCUCAACACUGGAACAGGAACACUCAAUGGUAAUAUUAACGCUAAUUCUGGUGCAAUCAGUGGAAGCCUCAGUGGGUCUACCAAUAUUGGAGGUGUAGGAAUAAGCGGAAAUUUGAAUGGUGGGACUGGCGUUGGAUUAUCUGGUGGACUUAAUAUCAAUUUUGGUGGAUCUGGAGGAUCAUCUUCCAGUGGAUCAUCUUCUACUUCCGGUGUAUCCUCAGGGGGAUCCUCUUCAUCUUCAAGUGGAUCAAACUUUUAUCAGUUAAUGUUGCAAGGUCCCCAGGCCCUGAUGCAGGCUAUGCAGAACGUGAUGAGUGGAGCAUCAUCCACAGGAGGUGCUGGAUUCAAUCCAAUGACAUUUAAUCAACAAGUUGGAGUCGACGCAUUUAUGCAGCAGAUGCAACAACAACAACAAGGAUAAGCUUUAUAGGAAUUAAUUUUUAAAAAGUAC